GCAACAGAAAAGAAUCCAGUUAAUGCCAGAUCUGUGUUGAAAAGAAUCUACAGCUACUCUCUACACCCAAGUGCUUUCAAGAGACUGGGAGCUGCCUUGGCUUUCAACAACAUAUACAUGGUUUUGAGGGAAGAGGAUGCUCUGGUUGACAGGUUCACCUUUGAGAUUCUGGUCCAUUUUGUUGAAAGUUUGUCACUUGCUCACAAGGACAAUAAAUCCAUGGGUACCCAGGAGCAGUGUGUGAAAGUUCUGGAUCAUUUGGAAAGAAUUAUGGUCAAGAAAGCUGAUUUGUUGAAGAAAGACCCAGGACCCAAACUGAGGCCGGAACCCAGUUUCUGGAGCAGCAGAAAACUGGACAUCGCUGUCAGAUGGUUGACUAGGCAGUGUGGCAACCCACAGACUGAGUGCAGGCAUGCUUGCAUGAAACUAGUUGUCAAGCUGUGCACCUUGUUACCAGGUGUGAAAUCAUCUCAGGAUUUCUUUACGAUCAUCUACAAAACUCAGGGGGCAAUAUAUUUUGUGCAGAGAUUUGAAGGAGGUGGUUCAGCUUCUGGGGAAUCUCAAGGACUUCUUGCCUGUCCAACACUGGACACACUCAGUGAGCCCUUUUCUCUGGACGUAGCUCGGCAUUGGUUCGACAUGUUGCUUGCUGCAUUAGACUGCUACUGCUGGGCAUUUGGUGAAGAUUUGAUUACUCCUUCACAGCUUUUCACAGGUAACGGUUCAGAGAAAAGUUGUAUCUUUCAAAGUGUGACUUUCUUCCUGGAUAAACUCGUGUUCUCAGAUAUUGAAGGAGCUGCUCGGCUGUUGCCACACAAGAAGACUGUGAUUUUCACACCUUUGGAGAGGGAUGAAUACAACAGAAUCAAGUGCACAGUUAUCAUACGUAUAUGGAACUUUUUGUCAGUUAUACUUGCAAGACACUCACAGGAAGUUAGCAAG